AUGCAAAUUCAACGAAUAAAAGUACGUGAAAAUGUUAAUGUAACAAUGACAUGCCGUCUUAAUACAAGAGAAAAUUUCUUAACUACAAAUUAUCAAUCAUCUAUACCAUCAUUAUCAUCAUUUAAUAAAAUAUUUGAUAAUAAUUAUUCAGGUAAUAUUAUACUAUGGUAUAAAGAUGAUAUACAUGUUAUUGGUGUUAAUUCAAUAUCAAAUGAUCCACAAAAAUAUAUAAUACAUCAAGAGAAUUUUUAUACAUAUCAAUUAAUUAUACUUAAUGUACAAUUAGAAUCAUCGGGUUUAUAUAAAUGUCAAAAUUUUACAGCUAAAGAAGAAAAUCUUUUUCAACUUAAUGUUAUGGUUCCACCGUCUCGUCUGCGUCUUAGUCCAUCACCACAAAUGCCUGUUGCUGAUGGUACAUCAGUUAUAUUUAAUUGUACUAGUGAACGUGCUUAUCCAAUACCAACAUUUGAAUGGUAUAAAAAUGAUAAAUUAAUUCAACGUUCAAUUGGUAUGAGUCUUAACAAUGAAACAAAUGCAGCAAGCUUUUCAAGUUCAUCUAUUUUAACACUUAUACUUUCACCUAUUGAUCAUGACCAUAUACUACGUUGUCAAGUAACUAAUGAAGCGAGUAUUCAUGACACAAAUGUUGAACUUAAACUCGAUGUUUUAUUUAAACCCAUUAUCAAUAUAUCCUGGAAUCAAAAACAAUCACCAACAACACUAACAGUAAUUGAAAAUAGAUUUGAAACUGUACAUUGUAUAAUAUCAGCUAAUCCAUCAGCAUCAACAAAUAUUGAAUGGUUUAAAAACGAUCAAUUAAUGGGAGGAGAAAAUCAAGAACAAUUAAGAAUUAAUUUUACUCGAAUGGAAAAUAUACAAAAAUUAACUUGUCGAGCAAGAAAUACAAUAGGACAAUCAGAAGCAACUGUUAAUGUUGAUAUACUUUAUAAACCAAAGUUAUCAAUGAUUGAUCGUAUAAUAUUAAAUCAAGGUGAAAAACUUAUUUUAAAAUGUUCUAUUGAUGCAAAUCCAUUGUGUCAUCAAAUUCAAUGGUUUCAUAAUGGUAAACAAAUACAUACACAAUCAUGUUCAUUAACAAAUCGAACACAAACUAUAACAGAAUAUAUUAUACCAAAUGUUUAUCGAAUACAUUCAGGAAAAUAUACAUGUCAAGUUAAAAAUUGGCUUUAUACGGGUUUUGAUAAUCGACAUGAAGCUAUAACAGAAAUAUCAACUGAUGUUCGAAUACAAUAUGCUCCUUUUAUUUUAAAUUCAAUUAAAAAAUUAGCUGUUACAGAAAAUCAUGAUAUUACAACAGAAUGUAUUGUUGAUUCUUAUCCAAAAAGUGAUAUUGUAUGGUUUGGACCGUCUGGUCAACGUAUAAGUUCAGUUAUCGAAGAAAAAGUUCUUAAUGCAACAGUUAUUUCAUCUAGAUUACAUUUACCACCACAUUAUUCAGCAAUACUUGGUUUGUAUCGUUGUGUAGCUAAAAAUGAAUAUGGUCAACAUGAGUUUUCAAUAAAUUUUCAACGACCUGGUUUACCUGAUCCACCAAGUCAAUUACAAGCAAUAAAUGUAACACAUUCUUCAUUUAUUCUUACAUGGCCAUCAGCUUAUAAUGGUGGUUCAAAUAUAAUCUAUCAUAUUACUCUUACUGGUAAUUGUACAGAAGAAAGACAAACAAGUUUAAAUUCAAUAAGAUUUACUGAUCUCAAUGAAAAAUCUCAUUAUUUUGUUAAAAUUCGUUCAAAAAAUAUUCUUGGUUUUAGUAAUUAUUCAAGUACUUUACCUGUUUUAACAAAGGAAUAUCCAUUUGAUUCCGAAGAAUUUCCUCUUAUACAACGUGCUUAUUAUACAACUGAUGGUCGUCGAAUACAUAUUCAAUUAAAUCAAUAUCAUUCAUCAUUUAUUCCUAGAGAUCAAUUAUGUUUACAACAUUAUAAUAUACCAUUAACAAUAAUUGAAACUACAAAUGAUCUACCGGCAUGUAUACCAUUAAAUUCUUUACAACAAUCAAAUGAUGAACUUGAAAUAAUGACAAAUCAUACAAAUAUACGUUUAAAAUUAUGUUUAAUAAAUCAAACAGAUAUUUGUUCUAAAUCUAUAUCAAUACCAACUGGUGUAUCUUUGUCAAAUGAUUCAUCUGAAUCAAUUUUAAUAUUAAUUGGAGCUAUAUUAGGUUUAUGUUUUGUUGCUGGAUUAAUUGGUUUAUUUAUUUGUAUACAACAACAAAGACGUAAAGGAAAAUCGAAAAAUUCUUCUAUAAAUACAUUAAAAACAAAUUUAAAUGGAAAUCAAAUAGAAAAUUUUCAUGCAACACCUGUUAGAGUUAUUGAUACUAAUUCUUGUCUUUAUUAUCCAGCACCACCAUCAGCAACAACAAUUAAUGAAAUUCGAUCAAAUGGAGCAUUAUUUUAUAAUCAAGAGAUGCCUAAUGGUAUCUAUUCAAUACAAGAAAAAAAAAAUUCUAUGUGUUUUGAUUCCGGUAUGCCAUCAACAACUUCAAAUAAUUCCGAUUCAGCAUGUUCACAAGCAUUUUCAUCAUCAGAUAUUGAUGCACAAAUAAUAAAUGGAUUUUAUGAUCGUUCUGAUGGUGAAAAUCUUGUCAAUGGACGAAUAAUAACAAAACCUAAUCAUUUACCUGAUAUACAACAAUUAUUUUUAACAAAAUUUAAUAGUAAAAAUGAUAUACCACCGUAUACAAUAGGAGCUCGAGAAGAUAAUCAUUUAAAUUUAACAUUACAUGGAAGAAUAUCAUCCGAAGAAGAAAGUGGUUUUUCAACUCCAACAAAAUCUCAUCAUGGAAAAAAGCUUGUUUAUGAAGUUGUUGUGUGA